GAGUUUAGCACCUUCUAAUUCUAUCUUCUUCUUCUUCAUCAUCAUCAUCUACUACAAAGUCCAAAAUUGAGUUGUUGUCAUUCUUAGUCUCUGGAUAGUCAAUGGAGUUGGAGGUGAGAGUGGUGGCAGGCAUCGACAAUUGCUUCGUUUCACUGCCUCUUAACUUAAUCGACACCCUCCAGUCCACGCGCUCCGGUGUUCUCCCUCAAGUCCUCUCUCUGGAGCUUCGCUCACGCAGUAAUAAUGAUCUCUGGGUCGUUGCUUGGUCUGGCGCCACUUCCUCUUCUUCCUCCAUCGAGGUUGCUAAACAAUUUGCGGAAUGCAUAUCAUUGGCAGAUCAUGCAAUUGUUCAAGUGCGAGUUGUAUCUGAGAUACCCAAGGCUACUUUAGUUACCAUUGAACCUCUUACUGAGGAUGACUGGGAAGUUUUAGAACUUAACUCAGAGCAUGCUGAAGCUGCUAUAUUGAAUCAGGUCAGGAUUGUUCAUGAAGCUAUGAGGUUUCCUCUGUGGCUGCAUGGCCGCACUAUCAUAAAGUUUCAUGUGGUUUCAACUUUUCCCAACAAACCGGUGGUGCAACUUGUACCAGGAACCGAAGUUGCAGUUGCUCCUAAAAGACGCAAGAACAGUGUGAAGAAACUUGAAGACUCUUACAUGCAAUCUUCUAAAAACAGAAUCACAAAAGCAGUUUUGCGUCUUCAAGAUUCAGAUCAAAGAUUGUUCCAUAGCUGUUGUGUUAAAGGUGUUGAGCUUGGAGUAGCACUCACUUCAGUUGCUUUUAUUAAUCCAGAAACAGCUAAAUGUGUUUCAUUAGAUUCCCUUCAGUUGGUUGCGAUAGUGCCUAGAUUGUCAUCUAAAGAGAGCAUAAAGAAUCCAGAAAACAGUGCCCCGCAAAUUAAAAACAAUUCAACUUCAAAGGAUGUUAAGGGUGGAAUUUUAACUGAAAAGAAAGGAGAUCGUCAAGCAAUUGUUCGUCUUCUAGUUUCAGAUUCAGUGGCUAAAGGACACGUAAUGAUUGCUCGAUCUCUUCGCCUUUAUUUAAAUGCAGGGUUGCACUCAUGGGUCUAUUUAAAGGGAGGCAUUGUUAAUUUAAAGAAAGAAAUUCCUGCACUUUCACUAUCUCCUUGCCACUUUAAGAUGUUGAGGAAGGAUAAAGCUCUUGAUAUCUUUGAUAGCCAUAAAAAUCACAAGAAAAAGGACAUAUUUGAGCGAACUAGGUCAGGUGCCGAGAAGGAUGUUAUGGAUUUUUUGGCACAAGAUGAAGUUGUUGCUGCUCUUUCUUCUGAAUCAUCUCCUAGAGAGGAUGAAGAGAGUGUUUAUCAGUCUGAUAAUAAGAGGGGGUUAGAAUGUCUUUUUCAUACUUGGUUGCUCGCACAACUUGAUGUUGUUGCUUCAAAUGCAGAUUCAGAAGUUAAUUCAUUGGUUUUCUCAAAUGAAACUUUGCUUCACUUUGAAGUUAAAGGAUACAAGUCUGGGACUCGGGAAAAGUUACAGGUGUCAUGUAAUGGCUCCAUAGAGAACAGAAAUAAGACUAGAGAUCCGCGAGUGGAAAUGUUCUAUGUAUUGACUAUCACUGAUGAAUGUUUGCAUGGUAAAAAAGUCAAUGCAUAUGAGCUUACUGUUGAUGAAAGAGACAAGCAGUACAAUAAUUUCGAAAGUGUUGGUCGGUUGUUUGGAAAGCUGAACUUUGGUGACCCUGUAUCUUUCUAUUCUUUGAAAGAGAAAACCUCUACCCAAGGCUUAAAUUCAAAUCUAUCUUCUUUGAGCUGGAUGGGAACAGCUGCUUCAGAUGUUAUUAAUAGAAUUCGGGUGUUGUUAUCUCCCACUUCUGGUAUGUGGUUUAGUACCUACCAUCUUCCUCUCCCUGGACAUGUCCUCAUUUAUGGACCUCCUGGCUCUGGAAAGACAUUAUUGGCAAGCACUGUUGCAAAAUCACUUGAAGAACAUAAAGGCCUCUUUGCACACACAGUUUUUAUACGCUGUUCUAAAGUCGCUUUAGAAAAGGGCCCAGCCAUUCAUCAAGCACUUUCUGAUUUCAUAUCUGAAGCCUUGGAUCAUGCACCUUCCGUCGUCAUCUUUGAUGAUCUUGAUAGCAUUAUUUCAUCCUCGUCUGACUCAGAGGGAUCUCAAUUUUCAACCUCUGUUAUUGCACUUACUAAAUUUCUUGCAGACAUUAUGGAUGAAUAUGGGGAAAAGAGGAACAGCUCAUGUGGAAUUGGUCCUAUUGCCUUUGUUGCUUCUUCUCAGUCUCUAGAGAACAUUCCACAGUCCUUGACCUCAUCAGGAAGGUUUGACUUCCAUGUGCAACUUCCUGCUCCUGCUGCCACGGAACGUAAGGCUAUUUUAGAGCAUGAAAUUCAGAGGCGAUGCUUACAAUGUUCUGAUGAAAUUUUGCUAGAUGUGGCUUCCAAAUGUGAUGGAUAUGAUGCCUAUGACCUGGAAAUAUUGGUUGAUAGAGCUGUUCAUGCUGCUGUUGGCCGUUUUCUGCCUUCUGAUUCUGGUGGUGAAAAGAACAUUCAUCCCACAUUAGUUAGGGAUGACUUUACUCAAGCUAUGCAUGAUUUCCUUCCAGUUGCUAUGCGAGACAUUAGUAAACCUUCUCCUGAAGGUGGUCGCUCUGGGUGGGAUGAUGUUGGUGGUCUUAAUGACAUUCAGAAUGCGAUCAAAGAGAUGAUUGAAUUGCCUUCAAAGUUUCCAAAUAUCUUUGCCAAAGCUCCUUUACGUUUAAGGUCAAAUGUUCUCUUAUAUGGUCCUCCUGGUUGCGGAAAAACUCACAUUGUUGGUGCUGCUGCUGCUGCUUGUUCUUUACGAUUUAUAUCAGUGAAAGGGCCUGAGCUGUUGAACAAAUACAUUGGUGCUUCUGAGCAAGCUGUCAGGGAUAUAUUCUCAAAAGCAGCCGCUGCAGCACCAUGCCUCCUCUUUUUUGAUGAAUUUGACUCUAUUGCCCCAAAGAGAGGGCAUGACAAUACUGGAGUAACUGAUCGUGUUGUUAAUCAGUUUCUGACUGAAUUAGAUGGUGUUGAAGUUUUGACUGGUGUAUUUGUGUUUGCUGCAACAAGUAGGCCUCUACUUGAUGCUGCGCUGUUGAGACCUGGUAGACUUGAUCGUCUUCUUUUCUGUGAUUUUCCAUCUCCACGUGAGAGAUUGGAUGUUCUUAAAGUUCUUUCUAGAAAGUUACCAUUGGCCGAUGAUGUCGAUUUAGAUGCCAUAGCUCAUGUGACAGAAGGAUUUAGCGGAGCAGACCUCCAAGCUCUUCUCUCAGAUGCACAGCUUGCAGAGACAUUAUGUAACUACUAAUUAGCAUAGAUUUUUGCUUUUUAUUAUUACUAUUGUUAUUAGCUAAUCUUAUCAA